CGGAAUGGAGCGCCCCCGGGGGCUGCCCUGAGGCGGCGGCGGCGAUGCAGCCAGCGCGGUGGCGGCCGGGGCCAGGAACGGCCGCCCGGAGCUCGGAGGACGCUGAGCGCGCCGCGCCCGGGGCACUGACCGAGGGUCUUGUAGCGACCGAUUCCUCUCCAGCUGGGGCCUGGGAAAUGGCAGCUGCUGCUGACACAGCCUUGAAGACAGCCACUUGCCUGCUCAGCACCGUUACUUAGAAGAUAGGAAUCAAGAGGCCUCGCAGGUGCCAGCAGAGACCGGCUUUGAGCAGAGGACAGCCAGUCUCCCCCACUGCCUCUGGACCGGGGUGGGGGCUGGAGCACAAAGGCUGGUGAGGCGGCCGCCGUGCUGGUCCGGGUACGUGAUGAUGGGGACUCAGGCCACGGCGGUGGGAGAAGAGGAGCUGCCCCCUGUGAAGCCGGCCAGGGGGCGAGCCACGGCCCCCCCAUCCCCGGGAUGACCUCGGCCGGCAGGGCCAACCCCUACAGUAUCGUGUCAUCGGAGGAGGACGGGCUGCACCUGGUCACCAUGUCGGGGGCCAACGGCUUCGGCAAUGGCAAGGUGCACACGCGGCGCCGGUGCCGGAACCGCUUCGUCAAGAAGAACGGCCAGUGCAACAUCGAGUUCGCCAACAUGGAUGAGAAGUCACAGCGCUACCUGGCCGACAUGUUCACCACCUGCGUGGACAUCCGCUGGCGCUACAUGCUGCUCAUCUUCUCGCUGGCCUUCCUCGCCUCCUGGCUCCUGUUCGGUGUCAUCUUUUGGGUCAUCGCCGUGGCGCACGGCGACCUGGAGCCGGCCGAGGGCCGUGGCCGCACGCCCUGCGUGAUGCAGGUGCACGGCUUCAUGGCGGCUUUCCUCUUUUCCAUCGAGACGCAGACCACCAUCGGCUACGGGCUGCGCUGUGUGACGGAGGAGUGCCCGGUGGCCGUGUUCAUGGUGGUGGCGCAGUCCAUCGUGGGCUGCAUCAUCGACUCCUUCAUGAUCGGCGCCAUCAUGGCCAAGAUGGCUCGGCCCAAGAAGCGGGCGCAGACGCUGCUGUUCAGCCACAACGCGGUGGUGGCCCUGCGCGACGGCAAGCUCUGCCUCAUGUGGCGCGUGGGCAACCUGCGCAAGAGCCACAUCGUGGAGGCGCACGUGCGGGCCCAGCUCAUCAAGCCGCGGGUCACCGAGGAGGGCGAGUACAUCCCGCUGGACCAGAUCGACAUUGACGUUGGCUUCGAUAAGGGCCUCGACCGCAUCUUCCUUGUGUCCCCCAUCACCAUCCUGCAUGAGAUCGACGAGGCCAGCCCGCUGUUUGGUAUCAGCCGGCAGGACUUGGAGACGGAUGACUUCGAGAUUGUGGUCAUCCUGGAGGGCAUGGUGGAGGCCACGGCCAUGACCACGCAGGCCCGCAGCUCCUACCUGGCCAACGAGAUCCUGUGGGGCCACCGCUUCGAGCCUGUCCUCUUCGAGGAGAAGAACCAGUACAAGAUCGACUACUCCCACUUCCAUAAGACCUACGAGGUGCCCUCCACACCCCGCUGCAGCGCCAAGGACCUGGUGGAGAACAAAUUCCUGCUGCCCAGUGCCAACUCCUUCUGUUACGAGAACGAGCUGGCUUUCCUGAGCCGUGAUGAGGAGGACGAGGCAGAUGGAGACCAGGAUGGCCGCAGCCCCCAGGCCCGGCAUGACUUUGACAGACCUCAGGCCGGUGGUGGCGGCCUUGAGCAGCGGCCUUACAGACGGGAGUCGGAGAUCUGAGCCACCAUAGGCCAAGGUGCAGCAUCCGCCCCGCCAGGGAAAGGCCUGGUGUCCCUCGAGGGCCUUGGGUUUGAGCAGAACGGGCCAGGUGCCCCGGUUGCAAACUCAGUAGCGUUUUAGAUGUUUUAUGUUUCUUCACAGUGGCCUGGGAAGGUUGGCGGGAGAAUGGGCGACCAAAGCGGGCCGCCGCUGGCCUCAGAGGCCGGAGCAGGUGUAGGGAGGUAGCCUCUUGGGGUCCGGGCCAGGAGCCAGGGGCUUCUGUCUGAGGCUAGAACUGCGGCCUGCCCGGAGGUGGCUCAGUGGCCAUCCAGCCUCUGUGGGUGAAGGCUGGCAGGCUGCAGGGCACCUCGCUGGUUUUUAACUUGGGGAGAAACACUGGUUUUGGCUUUCUCAACCGUAGCUUGAGUAAGACUGUUUACAAAAAAAAAAAAAAAAAAUUUAACACGUGAUUGACAAAAAAAAUUUAAUUUCUGGGGAUUAUAAAAAUGGACAGUGAGAAUUCCAUUGGUCUGCCAAGAUGCAGGCAUUAGAUGGGGGCUCCGCGAGGUUCCCUGAGGCUGGACAGGCCUCUCCUCCGUGAAGGCCAAGUGUGUGCUGGGCGGCGCCAUCCACACGCGCAAGCGCGGGGCUCAUCUGUGGUUCCUUCUGCUCACGGGCGGAUUGGAUGAUGUUUGUGAUGGAAAAACCAAGACCAUGUUAAUGAUCAUAAUAAAAGCUUUCCAGAGUCACAGAGAUGGGGGUAGGGGCUGGGAAAAAAACUAGUUUGAGCUUUUUUGUACCUUAGAGGUGCGUCUCAGGGCUGGAUAUGGGACCUGCCUGCCAUGGAGGGUCCGCUCUCCCCACCCCCACCAGAUUUUCCUGUUUUCCUUCUCUCCUUUUCUGCCCGAUAGCCUCCACCCUUUCCGCAGUGAGGGAUGCUUGGAAAAUGUUGGAGUAGAUGGCUCCGUGGGAAGGGAGGGCGGGUUCCCAGAUGCCCAGGAAGCAGAUUGGCCCUAUUCCCAUGGGACCCCAGUGUGAGUCGUGCCUUAGAGACCCCAGGUGGACCAGCCCCAGUUGUUUCUGUUUUUCUCGGACUCACCGGUCCUCCCAGCUGCCCCCGAUUCCACCAUGAAGUCCGAGCCAGCCUGUGUGUCUGCAGAGGUGGGCUGUCUUGGCCCGCUCUCCGCACCUGGGGCAGCCUAGGUGAGUGCAGGGGCAUCCCAGCCAGGCUGUCCCCGCUGAAGGGCAGAGGAAUGAUCUUAGAAGAGGUGUGCAGUUGUCAGCCAAGAUGACCGGGAGUGGCACUUGCAUCCAGGCAGCCUCAUCAGGAAGAAGUUUGCAGGUAUUGGCUCUGCUGGCCCGGAAGCAGGCCUCUGAGCCACAGGCUGCCCAGCGUGGGCUUGUUCUUGGUAGAGGACACAGCUGGCAGGGAUGGAGCGGGCCAGGUCCUUCCCAGGACAGCUAAGAAUUCUGUCCUCUCGAAUGACCAGGCCUGUAAGGAAGUCCUUAAUUAGAAAGCCCGUAUGUGUCUCCCUAGCCUGCCAGUCUCGGCCACCCUGAGCUGUGCCCUCCAAGACAGCUAGGCACCCAGGACCUGGCCCAAGUGGGGAAACUGAGGCAGACCGCAAGGUCACGCAGUCGGUGGGUGGGUCUUGGGAGGCCGGGGGAGGCCAGGGGCCUGGGGUGAGGGUUCUUGCCUCUCCCCUCCUCUUCUACCCAUCCCCAGGGCAGCUGGAGACCUGGCCUGAGGUCGGAGGCCUUGGAGGGUCUGGGCAUGAGCUAUCGGUUCCCACCCAUAGACACCCCGUGUCCGUGCCCUGAGGGAUGCCUGACUCCCAGCAUCCUGCCCUAGCCUCAGGCCCCAGCCUCAUCUCCUGCUGGGGUGCUUCAGGCCGCGGAGGUAGCUCUUUCCGCUCAGGAUCUGCUGGGGGGGCCUCAGCUCCUUCCCAGCCCAGGGCCUGGCUUCCAGCCCUGAGCCUCGCUGGCUUUCUCCAUUUCAGCUCUGGGGGCCAAGAGUAGAGUUGAUAUGGGAGGGCUCACCUGCCCGCCCCCUCCCAGACUGUCAGGCUGAACGGGGGAGGGAUGAGAUGGCCCCAGUCACUUGGGGCCGGCACAGGGGCCUGUGUUCUGCUCUGCCUGGCCGCAGGAGAGCCUUACAGGGCUGGGUGGGGCAGGCUUCCACUGCUACCAUCUGGAGCAGAGCCCAGAGCCUCUGGGUCCCCCAAGGCCCCUGCCACCUCAGUGGCUUGGUGCACCUCCUCUCAGGCCUGCCCCCCUCCCAGGCCCACGCUGGAUGGUUCAGCCCCAGACCCUGCGGGAGAGCAGCCCUGAGCUGCCUUUCAUCUCUCGUCAGAGGCAGAUGCUGCGUUUUCAAACUCUUCUGCCCUCUUUUUUUUCCCCAUUCCCUGUAUUUAUUUAUUUAUUUAUUGCUUGUGCUAAAGACCAAAAUAGUCUCCCUUUUUAGUGCACUUGAAACGGGAGGGUGGAUGGGAGGAGCCGUGUGUGUGCAGAGCAAGGAUUCCGUUGUCCCUGGGGAGUGUGUGCUGGAGGGUGUGUGUGUGUGUGCCCAUGUAUGUGUGAGUGUGUGUGUGUGCGUGCGUGCAUGUGUGCGUGUACAUGUGUGUGUGUGGAGAGCACCAACCCUCUGAGUGUGCCACAUGCCAUGUGUGGUGCGUGUGCCGAGCACAGGUGAGUGGGGAGCAUUUGGGCACCUGGGUGUGUGUGUUGGGUGUGCAUGUGCGUGUGCAUGUGAGUGUACAUGGUGUCUGGUCUGUGUGCUGUGCAGGCAUGUCUAGCUAUAUACUCCCACCCUCACCCUCCCAGGCACUGGGAUUUCCAAGAAGUUUCUCAACAGCCAGAACCAGGAGGUGUGGAGGUUGGAGUGGGCCAAGAAUGUGGCCUCUGGUGCCCUCCUCCCUGACACACUGAGCUGCUUACGUGGGAAAGGGGCUAUGCUGGCGGUGUGUGUGUGUAUGUGUGUGUGUGUGAGCACCAAGUGUGUGGCAUCACAUGCACCAUCAUCUCAUCUCUGUACAAGCAUAUGUGUGCAAUUACAGCUUUGCCUGAGUGCAUGAGCGUGUGGACCCACAGUUCAUGGGAGUGCUGUGCAGGUGUGUGCCCAUGACGAUAUCCUUGUGUGUGUGAGUCUGGGCUGACGACAUAUAUGCGGUAUGUAUGUGUAUAUAGGUACACACAUGCAUAGUUCUUUGUGUAUUUGCCCAAAGGCACAUGUGUGUGAGUGUGUGUUUUAUAUGCAGGUUUGGUGUACUGUUUACCAGGCUAUGGGGCCAGGCACACAGGACGCAAAAUGGACACCAGCUGUGACCAUGGGCACGGCUGAACCCAGCAGUCCCGCUGGCCCUGUGCCCUGAUUAUGUCCACAUAGGAAUGUGUGGAAUGUGUGUGCCGCCAUGAGGCUUUUGUGCACGUGUACACGAGGUCCUAUCUGCGUGUGUGGGUGAGUGCUGCGUAUGGACGGCGUCUGCAUGUGUGUGUGUCCCCAUGAACACGCAGGUGCACAUGGUGCAUUUGGUGCACAGGGCUGGUGCCUGCUUGCUGGGGGCUGUAUGCAUGGGCGCGUGGGUCCCAGGAGUGUGUGCACACGAACGUCUGUGGAAGUGGUGUGUCCACGUGCACGCCUGUGCGUGCUGCUUGGGACAUGGUGGCCGCCCCCCGUGCCCUGCUGGUGCUGUGCCCCCUGGUCCCUGCCUGCCCAAGGGUCCCGGUGGGGUCCGGGGGGCGGGAGCAGGGGCCUGAUGGGAAGGAGGCCCCUGCACAGGGGUGUCUGCCCUGCGUGAGGUAUAGAAUGUCAAAUCUAUUUUAAAUGGUGAAACUGGAGAAUUUUCAUGUUAUUUUCAAUACAUAGCGAUAUCUAAAGACAUAGGCCACAAGACUAGACCACAUUAAAUGCAUUUUGAUCUCUUUGAGUGCCA